GUUUCCCCUCACCUUCUUGUAGAUCAGAACCUAUAUAUCACGACACUAAAACUUGUAGCAAAAUCUUGAGCACACACUAGCCAAAAAAGUCCUUCUAGAACAUGUCCUCUUCAUCAACAGAAUCGAAAAUGGCCACCACCAAGAUGGUUUUAUCGACAAUAGGCUCUAUUGCGGCAACAGCCAUGUUGGUUCGCACGAUAGUUAACGACUACAUCCCCCGGGAGCUCCAUGAGUAUCUCUUCUUUGGACUCAAAAAUAUGUUCACCAAGUUCUCAAAUCAGCUAACGAUGGUGAUUGACGAAUUUGAUGGCCUCGUUAACAACGAAAUUUAUGAUGCUGUUGCAAUCUAUUUGGGCAACAAGUUGUCCCCUAACAUCAAGCGACUUAAAAUCAGUAAACCUGCGAAGGAGAAAAAUUUCAACAUCACCAUGGAGCGUAAUGAGGAGGUGACAGAUGUUUAUAACGGACAGACAUUCAAGUGGAUUUGGCUCUGCAGACAAACACAACCUAAACACUUCUACAAUCACAGAGACAUGAAUUCCACUCUAAAAUCUGAAAUCAGGUCCUUUGAGCUGACAUUUCACAAGAAAAACAAGGACCUUGUCAUUAAUUCUUACUUGCCAUACAUCAUUAAAGAAGCAAAACUGCAAAAACACGAAAGCAAGACAAUCAAGAUUCACACAGUUGAUUAUGAAAACAUGUACAAUUUACAUGAUAUGUGGAAGCCUGUGAAUCUCGAUCAUCCUGCCACUUUUGGGACAAUUGCAAUGGAACAGGACCAAAAAGACACCAUCUUGAAGGAUUUGGAGAGAUUUGUGAAGAGGAAAGAUUAUUAUAAGAAAGUUGGCAAGGCAUGGAAAAGAGGGUAUUUGUUGUUUGGUCCUCCGGGGACUGGGAAAUCUAGUUUGAUUGCUGCAAUGGCGAAUUAUUUGAACUUCGAUAUAUAUGAUUUGGAGUUGACUGUGCUGAGGAGGAAUUCAGAUUUAAAGAAGUUGUUGGUUGCAACAACCAAUAAGUCCAUUUUGGUGGUGGAGGACAUUGAUUGUACCAUUGACUUGCAACAUAAUUUAGCUAAUCGAUCUGCGUUUGCUCAUUCAAAUGGUUAUCAGCAAGAAAGCAAGGUGACCUUGUCAGGUUUACUGAAUUUUAUUGAUGGAUUAUGGUCAAGCUGUGGCGAUGAAAGAAUCAUAAUUUUCACAACAAAUCACAUAGAAAAACUCGACCCUGCAUUGUUACGACCUGGCAGAAUGGAUGUGCACAUUCACAUGGCAUAUUGCACACCUUGUGGCUUCAAACUUCUUGCUAACAAUUACUUGGGGAUUAAAGAUCAUAAAUUGUUCAAAGAAAUUGAGGAAUUGAUUGACACAGCCAAUGUGACACCAGCAGAAGUGGCAGAACAACUGUUGAAGGAAGAUGAAGCUGAAGAUUCCCUAAGAGGGUUGGUUAAUUUUAUUCACAAAAAGAUAAAAGAGAAGGAAGAGGCUGAGGCUAAGCCUGAGAAAGUAGAAAUACCACAAGUGGAAGUAGGGUUGACAAUGGAGGGGGGCGGGUUGGAUGCAGGGCAAACCCAUAUGAACCUUCAAAGACUACCCCGUCCCGCUCUGCCCCGCAUAGCAUAAUUUUUUGUUUUUGCCCCACCUUGCUCCUCCCCACAUAAACCCACCCCGCAUAAUGUAUAAUUUUUUUAAUUAAAUAAAUGUACCAGUUAUCAAUAUUUACUAUUAAUAUUGAAACAAUAAUAUAUAUAUAUAUAUAUAUAUAUAGUUCAUUAA